AUGGGGCAGCCCACAAUAAUUGGCAAGCGGGAGGGUGGUGUUAUAAGAGAUCAUCAAGGUGGUCUUAUCGUUGACUUUGCGGGAAGCCUGAAGAAUCAUAUUGUCAACCAAGUCAAGGGAAUGGCCCUCUUAUGGGAAAUGAAGUUCGCCACUACUAUAGGUAUCAGACAACUUGAAAUUGAAGGUGAUUCAAAAAUAAUUGUGGAGGCUGCCAGUGGUAGAACUGCAGUGGGUUGGAAAGUGGAAGCGAUUUUGAGGGAUGCUAGAAUGCUUCUAGCUAACCUUGAUGGUUUCACUAUCCACCACAUUUACAAAGAAGGGAAUGCAGCUACCGACUCCAUGGUUGUUGUCAACAUGUUGCAAGAGGGCUUACGGUGUUGGAGGAGUACAAUUCCGCUGCCAGUGAUCACCAAGGAGAUCUUGGAGAAAGAAAAGACUAAGUUCUAA